UGGCUUCACAACGAUAAGGGAGGCUCCGGAGAGAGUGAGAGACAAGAGAAAGACACAGGGGAGAUGGCUGAGGGAAAGGAAGAGGGGACCGGGUCAAGAGCCACGUUGGAAACCGAUCUUAUGUGACCUGGCUGGUCCGGAGCGGUCCGCGCUGUGGAGCGAGUCCAGACGCAGAAACACCCCAGCGAUCCGUCCGGCCUGUGCACACUGUUUGACGGGGACCGUCUCUGGCAUCCGAGGGACAAUCAUCAUUAUCUAGACUACUCCGAUCCUCCUUGUGGGAUUUAAUCAACUGCACCGGAGUCCCUUUUGGAUUUCUGACAAAGAAAACGCUUUGGAUCAUUCACUAUACUGAGUGUUUCUGUACCUGCUGUGUCCUCAGGUAGAUCUGCGAACCCAGUGGAGCUCCAGCUCCAGAGGCCCAUGGCCCCUGUUUCUCUCCACCAGUAAGAGGUAAGCCAAGCUGGCCUCCCCACCCCCUUCCCCGUCCCCGGCCCCAGACCUGGACCCGGACCCAGACCCAGAUAUUGACCAGCGGCACACCCACGAGGAGCAAUAUGUGAGCGACGGCGAGUCCAGCCAGCUUGACCCACACCUGGCGCCGCCCAGCCGCAGGGACGCUGAGACCAUCACAGAUGUGUGCAACAGCACGGACCUGCCAGAGUUUGAGAUCAUCAGUCUUCUAGAGGAGCAGCUGCCGGUGUACCGGCUGCGGGCCGACACUGUCUACGGCUACGACCACGAUGACUGGCUGCACACUCCCCUCGUCGCGCCGGACGCCAAGCUUGACUUGACCACCGAGCAGAUCGAAGAGACACUCAAAUACUUCUUGCUAUGUUCAGACAGAGUGGGCCAGAUGACGAAGACCUACAAUGACAUCGAUGCUGUCACACGUCUGUUAGAGGAGAAAGAGAGAGAUAUGGAGUUGGCGGCAAGAAUCGGCCAGUCGCUUCUUAAGAAGAACAGAACUCUGACUGAGCAGAAUGACUAUCUGGAGGAGCAAGUGGCACAAAUCACAGAAGAGGUGGCCCAGCUGCACCACGAGUUGAACCUGAAGGACGAGUUGCUGCAGUUUUACACCAACGCAGCCGAGGAGAGCGAGGACGAGUCCAGCACUCCCCCAACGGGUAAGAAAAGUAAAGUGGACAGUGCUUUUGGAGGCUUUUUGAGUGACACCCUCCAGAGAAAACUCAAGGAUCUGGAAGAGGAGAACCUCUCCCUCCGCUCAGAGGCACACCACCUCAAAUCAGAGACGGAAACUUAUGAAGAAAAGGAGCAGCAGCUUGUCAAUGACUGUGUGAAAGAGCUCCGGUUGUCCAGUCUCCAAAUCUCUACCAUAGCGGAGGAAUUGGCUCGUAAGACUGAGGAUGCUUCGCGCCAGCAAGAAGAGAUCACACACCUACUCUCUCAGAUAGUGGACCUGCAAAAGAAAGCCAAAUCUUAUGCCGUGGAGAACGAGGAGCUUUCUCAACACCUGGUGGCAGCUAAAGAUGCCCAAAAGCAGCUUACAGCAGAGCUCCAAGAGUUGGAGGGGAAGUAUUUGGAGUGUAUAGAGAUACUGCAUGAAGCCCAAGAGGAGCUGAAGAACCUGAGGAACAGAAACUUCCCUGCAGGAACCCCUCGUCGCUGCCAUCCUCUGGGACUGUACCCCAUGGACUCUCUGGCAGCUGAGAUUGAGGGAACAAUGAGGAAGGAGUUGAGUCUGGACGACCCAGAGUGUGAGGAACAGAAAAUACAUCGCAAGCGUGUUUUUGAGACGGUCAAGAAUGUCAACCAGACAGUCCGUCAGCGUUCUCUGACUCCAACCAACGCCAACAUCCCGGGCUCUAACCAGUCUCUAUCCGCUCGUACGUCGCCCCAGUCCAGCGGCCUCACCACACCUCACUCCAGCAUGUACGGUGGGGACAUCAGCGGAGACAGUGUUGCCCUUGACAACCGAACGCAGAGCAUCCUGAUGGAGACCGCUGCCAAUCAGAAUAGCAGCACGGAGGGCCGAGAGAAGAAGGCCACUGGAGCUGAGGACCUGCGUCUCGCCCUGCGCCGCCUGUCUCUGCGUCGACAAAACAACCUGAGUGAGAGGCGCUUCUUCGAAGAUGAGAGGGAACGGAGACGAGGAGGUCAUGGAGGUGUACACAAUGCCCUGGACCAGGAGUGUGGCCAGAUGACUCCCUCUGAAAGCAUCAUGUCCCUUGGGAACCUCCACCUUUGGGCCUCACGAGGGCCAUACCUCCCUGACAAACUCCAGAUCGUCAAACCGCUUGAAGGCUCUGCCACCCUGCAUCACUGGCAGCAGUUAGCCCAGCCUCACCUCGGGGUGAUUCUGGACGCCAGACCGGGAGUCGUGCCCAAGGGCUACAGACCUCUGGAACUAGAGCUGGAGCAGGUAUACCCAUGGGGUGGCUUUGAGGAGGAGGAACCGGGGGAGCAGUACUUCCAGAAUCUUCCCACCUCCUCUUCUUCUGCCUCCCCAGCCGUGCCCUCCAUCUCCAGCACGGGUGAAACCAACCUCGGGCAGCCUCCACCCAGCAUUGCUCCACCUUCUCCACCCUCUCCAUCCCCAACGCCACAUCUCAGCAACCCUGACGUCUUGGCUACAUACUACCCAGGGAAAUGCAUGGCCCACACCAGCUCUACCUACACCUUCACAACCUGUCGGAUCCUCCACCCAACUGAUGAGCUGACGCGGGUCACGCCAAGUCUGAACCCGGUCCCAGCGUCGUCCUCCUGCGUGAUGACUAGCACUCUGUUGGGUACUCCUGCUUCUACACCCUGCACACCCCGCAGGCUCGGUCUCAGGCCGUCUGAAUCCUCAACUAACCUCAGAGAUGCAACACGCACCACCAGUACUUCCCUAGGGUUAGUGCGCCUUCUCCAGGAGAGAGGGAUCUCAGCAGCAAUGUAUCACCAGAGCCAGGGCCUGGAGUACGGCCAGGGCAACGGAGGAGUCUUAUUCAGCACCUCCAUCACCCCUAACCGAGCGCCCAACCCCGACCCGCUGCGCCCAUCUACCCCUCCCAACUCUCCUACAGGACAGGGAGUUUCAGCUGGGCCAGUGCCCGUGGGCUUCGACUUUAAGAGCCCUUCGUACGACAACUUCCUGGCCUCCAAACCGGCCCGCUCCAUUCUGAAAGAGGUCACGGGGAGGAUGAGGGGCAGGCAGAGAGGGAAGGAUUGCGAAAGCCAGACGGACGUUAGCGUGACCGUCCACAACCUCAACCUGCUGGACAAGGUGAAGCAGCUGGGUGUGGCUGGAGCUCAAGGGGGCAGAGCAAUGAGUCCUAGUCCCAUGCUGGGGCCUCUGGGCGGGCUGCGCAGAUCUGGCUCCCCUUUUGGGCCCGAUGGAAUGAGGAGGAACCGGAGUUAUCCUGCCAUGGUUGGGGCCAGCAUGGCCAUGAAAGCCCCCGGGCCCCAGGAGUAGUCUGGACUGCUGCUGGCCAGUAGUGGAGCCAAGUAGGAGCCCGGCAGUGCCCAGGACUGACUGCUGAGCAGCCACCUAGAGUCCAAACACUGUUCAUACUGUACAACAACAAUAUGGCACUACUGACCCCUGACCCUAUGCACUCUUUAGUCCUUUUAGGUGGUGACUUGCUUGAAUUAAAAAACAAAA